AUGGAACCACAUCUCUCUACACUGCUGGGACUAUUCAUACUUUAUUUACAGCUUCACUCAGUGUCUGCAGCUGGGCCUGAGCUCUUUGUGCUGGUGGGAGGAUCAGUCACUCUGGAGGCAACAGGACAUGAAGACAAGACCGGCUUAAAAUACACAACAUGGAAAUUUCACAAGACACCUGUUGUCACGUAUAUACAUAAAUACAAGGAUGCAGAUGUGAGAAGUCCCUACAAAGGCAGAGUGGAGUUUGAUGUGAACAGCUUCUCUCUGCUGCUGAAGAACCUGCAGAAGAACGACUCUGGGCUCUACACAGCAGAGAAGGAGGUUGAGGGGAAAGAAAUAUGGUCUGUUGGUGAAUACACACUUUCUGUCCAGGAGCCUGCAGCAGCCCCUACUCUGACUGUGGUGUCUAAGUGGUCCAGCAGUGACUCCUGUAGUGUGACUCUAAACUGCACAGGACUCAACGUGUCUCUGAUCUCCAGAUGUAACGGCAUCGUCUGCUCUCAGGAGGAAGGAGUCACAUCCCUCUCCAUCUCUCUCAACCACAACGCUGUCUCCUGUAACCAUAGCAACCCUGUUAGCUGGAGCCAGACCACCAUGGACCUUAAACCACUCUGCCCACUGUACAGAGAUGAUUUAGCGCCCCCUGUUGGAAUGUCUCCAUGUCUGCUAAAGGCCCUGCUGGUGACUGUAGUUCUGAUCACCAUGGUUACUGCUGUCAUCACUGUUCACAUCAGAGUGAAACUUGAUAAAUCAAAAUAAAUAUGUGCACACACACACACACAUAUUCUGUGUUAUGUUGAACUUUGCCUUUGCCACUUGUAAAGCGCUUAGAUUUUUUAUUCUAUUUGUUUGUUUUAGAAAUAUUCUAGUCUUCUAUUUCUAGUCUUCUGAUUAAAUCAGGAGUCCCUGAGCUCUGUGUCCCUCUUCCUUCCCUGCUCAUUAUUCCUCACUAAACAGUCUGCACAAACCCCCUAUGAGGCAUAAUGUGAGAGCUGAACCCUCUAGAGUGGAGCAGAUAUGGAUUCAUAUGAGAGCUGAACCCUCUAGAGUGGAGCAGA